AUGCAGCCGCCGCACCAACCGUCGAUGAACGGGCAACACGCCCAGCCUCAGCCGCAAGGACCUGGGGUGCCCAUGCCUCCGCAGCAGCAGGCGCCCCCGCUGCCGUACUACCAGCAGCAUCCGCCACCGCAGUACUACCAACAGGCCCUCUUGCAGCCGUGGGGGCAGCAGCAGCAGUAUGCUGCACCGCCGCUGCAGUACCCGCCUCCGCCUCAGACGCAGCAGUACGCGACACCACCGCAGCAGUACGCCCCUUUACCGCAGCAGCAGUAUGCUCCUCCACCGCAGCAGCAGUAUGCUCCUUCACCAUAUGGGACCACACCGGGAAGCGGUGAAGUCAGGACGCUGUGGAUCGGAGAUCUUCAGCACUGGAUGGACGAGAACUACCUCCACUACAACGCCUUUGCGGCCGUGGCCCAGCAGAUUGCUUCUGUGAAAAUUAUACGGAACAAGCAGACUGGGCACUCAGAAGGCUAUGGUUUUAUUGAGUUUUCCUCUCGAGCUACUGCAGAACAUACUCUGAUGAACUUCAAUGGGCAGAUGAUGCCGAAUGUUGAGAUGACUUUUAAGUUGAACUGGGCUUCUGCUAGCACUGGUGAUAAGCGUGGAGAUAGUGGUUCUGAUCACACAAUAUUUGUUGGUGAUUUGGCUCAUGAUGUUACUGACUCCAUGUUGGAAGAUGUGUUUAGAGCUAAGUACCCUUCAGUUAGACGAGCUAAUGUUGUUGUUGAUAGGAUGACUGGAUGGCCCAAAGGAUAUGGUUUCGUACGUUUUGGAGAUCUGAAUGAGCAGGCACAUGCUAUGACUGAGAUGAAUGGAAUGUUGUUAUCUACAAGGCAAAUGAGGAUUGGUGCUACAGCUAACAAGAAGAAUAGGGAUGCUCAGCAGACAUAUGCAACUGACGGUAUGUACUUGUCAAACAUCUUCAUAUAG